AUGGAUUUGUCUCACAUGUCACAUCGUGCCCGACGUGCUUUUCUUAAGAAGCUAAAAAGGAAGCGUAAACGUCAAAAAUUGGCCAAGGAAAAUGUAGAGAGGGAGAUCGAAGAGCUAAGUCGGCUCCAACUUUCUCCAUCUUAUCAAGCACAACAGGCUAAAGAGUUGGAGUUAGCCGCACUUGAAGCCGAAGAACGUGAGCGUAAUGAGGAAAUUUGGCAAGAACGUGAGAGGGAGGCACAACGUCAGUGGGAAGAAAAUAAUCGUCAAAAAAUCCUCUUAAAGCAACGCGAGGAGGAAACUCAGCGUAAAAUUAAAGCGGAGUGGGAAAGCAAACAAAUGGAAUCCAAGAAAUUUAUUCCCGAGUCAAAAACACAGGACGUUCAUGAACAGCAGUCUUCAGACCUUCCACCUUGGCAUCUUCCUCCACCACCCGUACCUAUCCCUCCAGUAAUUGAGCAAGUACCACAUGGUUCCACUGUUUCUACAGUGAUGGAAAAAUGUAGCUUUUUCCGUAAAACAGGAGCAUGUCGAUAUGGUUUUCUUUGUUCUCGUCUUCAUCAAUAUCCAAGUCCGUACGACGAUACUAUUGAAUCGUUCAAUAUUGCUGAUGAUCAAGAUGUUGGUGGCUUAGACGAACCAAUAGAUAAUUCUUGUUUAGUUUUACAAAUUCCUAAAAUGUUCACACACUAUCAUUUAGAUUUAACAAAAAAUACCGGUUCAGAAGAUCAAGAUUCUGGUCUUGAAGUAGAUGAAAGUCAGUUACUCUCAGAUUAUCAUGAAUUCUACUAUGAUGUUCGUAUGGAAUUAGAAUCUAGAUGGGGCAAAAUUUCAGUCAUUCGAACAUGUCGCAAUUUAGCUGAUCACCUUCGUGGUGCAGUUUAUGUUGAAUUCUCAAGGGGUCCAAGUGCAGCAUGGGAUGCUGCUGAAGCUUGCAAUGGUCGUUGGUUUGCUGGACGUCAACUAACGUGUACUGUGGUUAGAUUGGGCGGUGGUUGGAGAGAGGCUAUUUGUGGUCUUUAUCAUCGAGGUAAAUGUCCUAAAGGAGACCUUCAUUGUAAUUUUCUACAUGUAUUUCUUAAUCCUGGAGAAACCAGUAAUGAUUUGCAAAAAACUUUAUGGCGUCAUGUAGGUCGACUUAUUAGUCCAGUGGAUACUAAUGGUCACAGUGAUCGUGGACGUUUUUCGACAGUAAAAUCACAUUCCAACGACUCUUCAUCUCUUAUCCAUCGUCAUCAGCACCAUCACGAUCGACGUAAAACGCGAAGACAAUCCUCUAGCUCAAUCUCUUCACAUUCACGGUCCUCUUCUCCAAUAGGGCAUCAUUCAUCUCGGUCUAAAAAUAAUUAUAAAAAUUCCCGUCUAUCUGAAUAUCACAGUCAUAGAAAAUCUAAACGAAAUAAACAUCAUAGUAGUGAUGGCAGGAGAUCUUCUUUGAAUCGUUCACCUUCAACAUCAUCAGUUCAUAAGAAGCACAAAAAACAUAUGAAAGAAAAAUCUCACAAGAGAAUGAAAAGAGUCAAGUAACAAUAAUAAAGUAUCUGUUUCAUGUAUACUCAUCAACGGAACCAUCAUUUGCUCGCUUGUAUUUGUAUUUCUACAAAUCAGUAUUAGGGUUUGAUUGUCGAUAUGAUAACAUCCAGUAGUAAUAAUAGCAAUAGCAGUAAACUAACAAUAAGAAUCCUGUACACUGUAUUUUGUUUAUAAUAACCAGCUA